UCAUAAUUAUUCAACAUAUUAUAUAACAAUGAAUUAAAUAUAAUUAUUUAGAAAAACAUUCACAUUCACGAAAACUAUCUGAAUAAUUUGUAUAUAAAAAAUAUACAUGGGUUCAAUGAUAUCGCCCUGCUCAAGUUAGACUACAAGUUGGAUCUAAAUAAUGUGCAUAAACGUCUCCAACCUGUAUGCUUACCGUUGGCUAAAUCAACAUUACGUUUAAACGAUACAUGCGUGGCCACCGGUUGGGGCCUAACCAAUCCUUUUGAUAAAUAUAGUUUCUCAAACUUAUUGCAAAAGGUUGAAUUACCAAUCGUGGAGAAUGCUCCGUGCUUUCAAAUAUAUAAAGAAUAUCAACCCAAUAUCCAAUUAUGCGUAGGAAAUGAAAAUGGUACAAAAGAUACCGGUAAAGGUGAUAGUGGCGGACCCCUCAACUGCAAACAGGCUAACGAUUUUUGGACUGUGGACGGUAUCACUUCAUAUGGCAAACAAUCACCGGCCGUUUAUACCCGUGUUUCCGCUUAUAUAGACUGGAUUACUGCUACGAUGAUCGGUAAAUAA